UCUAAUUUUUCUUACACGCGUCUACGUUGGCACUCUCCUCGGCGGGGUCAGUCGGUGUUUCUUUGACCAUUGCGAGUCCCUCCCAUCCCGUGCUUGUCAAAGCACCGAAAUUUGUCUUUCACCUGUUCCAUGCGUACUUGCUGCGACUGGGUUAAAUUAUGAGGUUCAGUCGGCCUACUUAUCGUCAGCAGCUCUGCCUCGAUCUCUUUUAAUUCCUCUUCUCGUUCCAGGCCUACUAUCUGCGGAGCCAAUCCAACCUUUCGCCAGAAAUCGACCCCCAGAUACAGUGAUUGCUUCAAUGACGGACACAAGAAUAACUCUAUCGGGUGCUUCUGGCCUUUGUAUGCCAUCACUACCGUCACAUGGCCUAGGAUCUGAUGAGGUGUGCCGCCCGCACAGGCUCACUGAUGCCCCCGUAUCGAGCAGUCCCAUCAGCGUCUUCGGGCCCAGUCUCACGUGCGCAAACGGCCUCUCGUCCCGGCUUAAUGCAGAACGGAUUGCUGCACACACGCCACGUCGUUUCCUCUGGCGUAUCUGGAACCGGUCCCGAGCCCUCUUUGCUCUAGUCGACCUCGUUAGGAUUAUUUCCGCCACCUGGCCCCCCAGUAUUCUUCUUCUGGCCUGGUUAUAUCGCUGUCGUCUUUCCUGUAACGGCUUACGCUCGGACCAUCUCGCCUCAGGUAUGUCCUCUGUAUGUAAUUCUACUGUGUUGUUGGAGGGCAGAACUAUUGGUUACUCGUGGAACGCGACUCCUCCAGUUGCAUCGUGCUCCUUCUCCCGUUUCCCGGACGACAUUUCGGACAUUUAGGGAGGAUUACUCCGGCAGACCCACACUUGUAGCAGAAUAUGUUCCGCACUUCUGACUCACACUCAAAAUAGGUGUGUCCUGGCUGCGCACAAUUCCAACACUUCAAUUGUGCCCUGUCACCUCCCGGAUCCUUCGUCCUAUAGACGGCCUCUAGUGCCUCUGUCCGCUCCUCCGGCUCGUGAUUUGCCGCCUCCACCUCAUGCACUUUGGGAUCUUCCCUGCGCCUAGCACCCCCAUAGUCUGGACCAAUCCUUGCCCAUCGGGUCGCCAGCAGCUUCUCGGCCUCGGCACACUCUUCCCGCAGUUUCUGCAGGUUCGGAAUCUGCAUCGGGUAAAUCGCCCUCGAGA